UGUCGCCCAGUAAACAUCGUGAAGUGGAGUUCAAAGUCAUUGCAACUUAGUUCAUAAUUGUCAUCGCGCUAUCUAUCGAUAUGAGCGCAAAAUACGAUUUAUCAGACAAGCAGAUUCAAGAACUCAAACAAGCCUUUGCAUUGUUUGGGCCAAACAUAGAUGGUUGCAUAACCAAGGUUGAACUUGGCGGUGUGAUGAAAUCAUUGGGUCAUCGACCCUCAGAACUAGAACUAGAAGGUAUGAUUGCCGAAGUUGACACAGAAGGAAACGGUGCAAUCGACUUUGAAGGAUUUCUAUCAAUCAUGGCCACUAAAAUGGAAGAAGACAACGGGGAUGACCUCCAGGAAGCCUUCCGUAUAUUUGACAAAGACGGUAAUGGGUUCAUCAGCGUCAAUGAAUUACGCAAUGUUAUGUAUAAUCUGGGCGAGGAGAUGACGGAAGAUGAAGUAAGGGAAAUGAUCAAAGAAGCUGACACCGAUGGUGACGGUCAAGUCAAUUUUAAAGAGUUUGUCACUAUGAUGACGAGGAAUUGAUGAUGUCAUUCCUUUCAUGACAUGCCAAUCAAGAGUACUAUUUCGUAAUGUUUUAUGCGACAUUUUUCGUUGCGAAUUGUACAUAUUAUCAUUAUGGCGUACCGAAAAAAGGGACAGCUCCAAGCCAACGUGUCACGCUGUGAUGACAGACUUCGCCCUCGAAGGAAGGGGUCCUCAUAUGUUAAGGAUCGACGAGCGUUAUUAAACUAGGGUUGAUGAGUAAAUUUAUUCGACCCGACUUUGAGGGUGUGAGGAUGACUGUUAACUUAAUCCCC